AUGAAGAAUCAAAAGCUUUUGGUUUUAGCCGAAAACUGGAAUGAAUUAGCUAAAAUUUUGCCCAGUCCAAUUAAGGAAUUAGAUAUCUCCACGAGUGCCGUCUCCGUUACCCUGUCCGUGGGAACAAAAUUUGGGAGGGGUGCUCCUGUAAUUUCAACAUUUCCUUCCGCGGGUUCGCCAGGUUCAGUAGAAAAAGUGAAAAAAACUGUUGGGCAACUCGAUCCAGAAGAAACUCUCCAGGAAGAUAAGGUAACCAGGCGAAUAUCGGAUAACGAAUCGGUAAUUGAAAUGCUGCCCUGUGCCCUUUUUCCGGCUCGGACACGUUUGGUAGCAACUUUUUCCAUCUUCUUCUUCAUCGUCUUCGUCAACUCCACUACCAAUGAUUCCCAGGUAAAAUGUAACAGAACCUGCGUAGCCGAAAACUGUGAUUCCGUUGGGAUCCGAUACGGGAAAUAUUGUUGGGUGGGAUGGUCUGGUUGUUCAGGAGAAAAACCGUGCGACUAUCUGGAUGCUUGUUGCAAGAUCCACGACGAGUGCUUCGAGAAAAAAGGUAUGAUUAACAUAAAUUGCCACGAGAAGUUCAAGAGUUGCAUAAAGAAAGUGCAAAAAUCUGGCAAGGUUGGAUUUUCUUGGAAUUGUCCCAUUCAGAUGGCUGUGCCUACCAUGAUGCAAGGUAUGGAUAUGGUCAUCCUAUUUAGCCGAUUAGGCAGCGCCCGGUAUGAUGAACAAACUGACAGGCAUGAACAGAAAAACCAGGAAGGAGAGGCUGAAAAUGUUUAUAGUAACACUGCAAGGAGCGGUGAUAAAUACUCUCAUAGUUCCUUUAAGUCAACUGCAGCUUCCUUCAAUGAAGAAGCAUCAGUGAAUAAUGAAAUUGCAGAUGCUUGUUCUCAAAUAAACAUGUCCGAUGGCAGGCAGAUGGAGCAUUUUGCUGUACCAAGUAUGAAUAGAAACUCAGGCAAAAAUAGGAUGCAAUUUGUGAAUGAAUUGCAUGAUAUUAAGAAUCCUCAGAAUCUUGAUCAUCAUGAAAUCAGGGUCAGAGAACAAUCAAGUUAUUCCCCUUCUCAUUGUCAAUCAAACACUUUUACUGAUGAUCAUAAUGUUGUCUCUAAUUUGAAUUGGCAGAAAUCAGAAAAUGAUAAGAGAGAGUCAGGUGAAAGGAGGAUGCAAUUUGAGAAUGAACUCAGUGAUACAAAGAAUUCUUAUGAUGAUCAUGAUGUUAUAUCAAAUUUAAACCAUCAGAAGUCUGGAAAUGGUUCUGGUGAGGAUUUAUUUAUUCUCAAUGAUGAAGGAAGCCAUCCAAGAAGCACAAAAGAAACAACAGAUUCUUUUGACAAUGCCCCGGCAGUUUUUGAUGAUUAUGGAUCUGAUAAUUAUGAAGAUAAUUUUAGUUUGGAGGAAGAACAUAAAGUACAUGAAUACAACAUGAACUUUCCUUCUUCAGGUCCAAAAGAUCAUCUACUCAUCCAGUUACAACUACAAAUUCUUGGGUCAUUGAGCAGAAGAUCAGUUCACCUGAAAAGUCUAUUUCAAAAUUACAUAUUUUCUCAGAGGAUAGGCCUACAACUGCUUUCUUUGAAAGUUCAACUAGCUCUGCAAUUCUUUCUAAUGUGAAUGACUUGCCUGCAACUUUUGAUGAUUAUGGCCCUAGUUCGGAAAGUGAAGAAGAUGUAGACAAUCUAAGCAUGUCAAGAGUAGCAAUCCUAGUACUGAUAGUGGUAAACAGAACAUGGAUUCCUACAAUGCUGAAAGCAGUAGUUUCAAUCCACGGUUGGCUGAAGGCAUUGAAGAUACUGAACAUUCUAAUGAGUCUAGUCUGGAAGAAAGUAAGGAAUUGAAAUUUGGAAACUUGACAGGUGGGCUUCGAAAUAAGGGUUAUAGGUAUCCACCAUAUUCAAAAAUUCCAC